AUGGAGAGUGGCAGCACGGCGGCGUCGAGCGACGAGACCGUGAGAUCGCCCGGAGGGACGACGGCGGCGGUGGCGGUGGCGGCCGCCAGGCCGUACUACGAGUGCGUGUUCUGCAAGCGCGGGUUCACCACGGCGCAGGCGCUGGGCGGGCACAUGAACAUCCACCGCCGGGACCGCGCCAAGCCCGUCCGCCUCAAGACGGACUGCAACUUGGCGAAUCCCCCAGCGCCGCCGGCCGCGUCGCCGAUGAGCGGCAGUGGCUUCGCCAUGUCGUACUCCGGCCGGCACACCGGAGCCGGAGUGGACGCGGAGGCCGUGAGCCCUGGUAGCCCUAUCCCGAGGGAGCUGAGCCUGUUCGGCGCGGACGACGACAAUCACGACCGUGAUGACUACCUGCAACUGGGCCUUUGGUGCCAUGGAAGCAGCGGCGGCGACGGGUCCGAGCGGCGGCCGGACGGCGAGCUGCCGGAGAGGAAGCUGGACUUGGAGCUCAGGCUGGGGCCUCGUCCCAGGCACUGAUCACUCGGACACGGGGGUGUACCCUGGUGCAACUCAGACACAUACACGCAUAAGGAACGCACUACUCAUCGAUCAU